UCCAGGGGCAACAUGGCGGCGUCCGUGAGGAGCUAGUUUUGAGGCGAGGUAGUGUUCGCUGUCGCUGUCUUGCGUGAUAGUGACCGAGUGGAACUUUCCCUGGCAACACAACUUAGGGAUCGUGUACUGAUAGGCGUCCGGAUUUAGUGACUGGCCGUCCUCUGGCGUCCCCACUACGGAGCAGAUUCCUGAGCACUGAGCAGAAUGAGCAACAUCUACAUCCAGGAGCCUCCCACAAACGGGAAGGUUUUAUUGAAAACUACAGCUGGAGAUAUUGACAUAGAGUUGUGGUCAAAAGAAGCACCUAAAGCUUGCAGAAAUUUCAUUCAGCUUUGUUUGGAAGCUUAUUAUGACAACACCAUUUUUCAUAGAGUUGUUCCUGGUUUCAUAGUCCAAGGGGGAGAUCCUACUGGCACAGGGACGGGCGGAGAGUCUAUCUAUGGAGCCCCAUUCAAAGAUGAAUUUCACUCACGGUUGCGUUUUAAUCGGAGAGGACUGGUUGCCAUGGCAAAUGCUGGUCCUCAUGAUAAUGGCAGCCAGUUUUUCUUUACAUUGGGUCGAGCAGAUGAACUCAACAAUAAGCAUACCAUCUUUGGAAAGGUUACAGGGGAUACAGUAUAUAACAUGCUGCGACUUACAGAGGUAGACAUUGAUGAUGACGAAAGACCACGUAACCCACACAAAAUCAAAAGUUGUGAGGUUUUGUUUAAUCCUUUUGAUGACAUCAUUCCAAGGGAAAUUAAAAAGCCCAAAAAGGAGAAACCAGAAGAGGAAGUAAAGAAAUUGAAACCCAAAGGCACAAAAAAUUUUAGUUUACUUUCAUUUGGAGAAGAAGCUGAGGAAGAAGAGGAGGAAGUAAAUCGAGUUAGUCAGAGCAUGAAGGGGAAAAGCAAAAGCAGUCAUGACCUGCUUAAGAAUGACCCACAUCUCAGUUCUGUUCCAGCUGUUGAGAGUGAAAAAGGUGAUGCAACAGGAGAUUUAGAUGAUGAUGGAGAAGAUGAAAGUGCAGAGCACGAUGAAUAUAUGGAUGGUGAUGAAAAAAACCUGGUGAGAGAAAGAAUUGCAAAAAAGUUAAAAAAGGACACAAAUGCAAAUGUGAAAUUAACGGGAGAGGGAGAAGUGGAGAAAAAAUCAGUCAGCCGCAGUGAGGAGCUCAGAAAAGAAGCAAGACAAUUAAAGCGAGAACUCUUAGCAGCAAAACAAAAAAAAGCAGAAAAUGCCUCAAAAGCAGAGAAAAGAAAUGAAGAGGAAGAAGCCAUUCCAGAUGGUGCUGUUGCAGAAUACAGAAGAGAAAAGCAAAAGUAUGAAGCUUUGAGAAAGCAACAGGCAAAGAAGGGAACUUCCCGGGAAGACCAGACUCUUGCGCUGCUGAAUCAGUUUAAAUCUAAACUCACUCAAGCAAUUGCUGAAACUCCUGAAAAUGAUAUUUCCGAAACAGAAGUAGAAGAUGAUGAAGGAUGGAUGUCACAUGUACUUCAAUUUGAGGAUAAAAGCAGAAAAGUAAAAGAUGCAAGCAUGCAAGACUCUGACACAUUUGAAAUCUAUGAUCCUCGGAAUCCAGUGAAUAAAAGAAGAAGGGAAGAAAGCAAAAAGCUGAUGAGGGAGAAAAAAGAAAGAAGAUAAAAUGAGAGUAAUGAUAGCCAGAACAUGUUGGAAAGGUGCCUGCAAUAAAUGGCCUUGUAAUGACCAUUGUUCCCAACACAUCAAUUAGGGGUGUGAAAAGUUUUUGAACCUGUUGUCUGGUUUUAGAAAAUGAUUACCUUGUUUGGUAAAUUGUGGAAUGAUGUAAGCAAAUGUUUUUGGUUACUGGUACAUGCUUUUUUCCUAAUUGACCUUUUAUAUUGCUAAAUCUGAAAUAAAAUCUGUUUCCUUCCAGUUUACACGUUAAGCAUCUGCAGACUGUACAAGCUUGUUUAGUACCCUUUUCCCCUGAAAUAUGGGAAGGCUUUCUUUUCAAGAUUUUUUUUUAUAAUAAGUUCUUGCAGAAAAAAAAUAUUUGAGGGAAAACUCUCUGGUACAAACUUUGGAAUAUAACUUAAAAGCUCUAAAGUAUAAUAAAAAUAAUAUAAAUAUCAGUGGAAUUUUUUGCAUCAAAUAUCUAAAAGUAACCAAGCCUGUAAGUCUCAGUAACUUCAUAUUUCAAAUCUUGAGGAACCCUCAAAUGAAUGUUCCUACGUCCAUCUAGGCCAAAACCCAGGUUUUAUGGUUACAGUCAAGACUAACACUACCUACUGUCAGUCAAGUUCACCGAACACCCCAGCCUGACACCAUGCCACCUGCCCACUCCUCUGCCCUUCUCAGCAAACAACAACAGGGGCACAUGCCCAGGUCUCAUUCUGGCAGUAGAAUUCAUUGAGAACAGUCAUUGAUGACAGUCAUUAGGUAUUUACAUUGUCUAUAUUUAGUCAGUUCUAAAAUUUGAAUGCCAGAUUGUACCACAGGUUAAUUUCAGUCACAUCUUUUCAGAUAGUAUCUCAUCAGAUCUUUCAGCAAACAGUCUUUUUAAAAAAUGUAAUCCAAUAGGUUUUCUCUAGAGCACAGGUUUUCAAAACCUGUUGCAACACAACAGCAGCAGCAGCACUGGGAGACAUGUUAGAAAUGCAAACAUUUGCCUUACUAUCUACCACUGCUCACUCACUGCUGGUUUUCCACUUCUUAAGAGAUUGGCAGUGUAUAGUGAAGUUAAAGAUAUGUAUAUCCAGUGAUCAAAAUAUUCUAAUCAUAGAUCUGUGCCCUAAAGAGAUUUUCACACAUUGCUCAAGGAGUCUAGUAGACACUAAGCUAUUCAUUGAAACAUCAUCCAGAUGAUGGAUAGUGGUAUAUCCACACUAUGGAAUUAUUUAUAGAGGUAAAAAGUCAAUAAUCAGAAACUAUGAAUAUUAGCAUAUCUUUAGAAUACAUGAAAAAGAAGGAAAGCAGCUAUGUAAAAAUUUGAUACCUAACAUCAAUAUAUAUUGUUUAUGGAUAUGUAAUUUGUAUCGAAACUAUGAAAAUAAUGGAUUUUGCUAAGGAAAAGGGGAAAUACAAAGAGGGCUUCACUAGUGUGUAGUUUUAUUUCUUAAGCUAGAUGACUGGUACUUAGUUCUCAUUCUAUACACAUUUUGAAAUGCCUAAAAUAUUCCAUCAUUUUUUUCUUUAUGAUUAUAUCUAGAAAUUGAGGUGAGAAGACAGAAGGAUUCCCAGUAUUGAUAACUUUUGUUUUUUGUUUCAGGAAGGAGAAAGUUUCAAAGAAAAGGUGAGGGAUAUGAUGGGGUACUCUGGAGUGAUGGCAGCUAAUUCAAAUGCAGGUGAUCAUACUCAGUGCCACCCCAAAAUAAGCCAGCAUUUAGAAGUGUACCCUCUCUUCCCCUCACCAUACAGGUUGUAUUAUCAAUUUCAUUUCAGAUAUUCACAAAGCAGAAUUUUGGUUUCCAAACUCAGUCUUUGCUGGUUAUUAUAAAAUGUGCUACCACUGAGCCUGUGUUAAAAUACCCCAUACAUUUCUCAAUCAUUCCUUCUCAAAUAUGGCCACCUUUACUAAUGCAGUAUUAUCCCCAGAACAGAGAGAUCCACACACGUCAAAAGUCAGAGAUCGAUAUUUGUAGUUUUAAAAACAUAAUAGACAAAACUGAAAGCUCAGUUUGGUAAAAUGUUUCUCAUCUUACUUUAACCUACUCUGAAGUUCCAGAGAUUAGACUUUUUUUUUUUUUUUGCAGUACUGGGGAUCGAACUCAGGGCCUUGUGAUUAUGAGGCAAGCACUCUACCAGCUGAGCUAUCUCCCCAGCCCAAGAUUAGACUUUUAACAGAAGAAUUUCAUCAUGAUAACAAAAUUCACUAUGAAUUUAACUGAAUGUUAGCAAUAGUAGUUUCUUUUUUAAGUGUAAGAACAGAAAUUAUCUGUUGAAUAUUGUAUUUUAUCUGCGCACAGUAAAAUCUUUGGAAAUGUCACAGGAACAUGUUUGGGCCAAAUGAAUUAAUUGUAAACCAAAUAAAACAGAAAUCCAAAACCAUCAAAAAAUACAAAAACAUGUUUAAAAAUUGGCCUCUAAUUUUCACUGUAAUUGUAUAUUUCAGUUUAUUUUUCCUUUAUGUGUCCUGCUCUGAGGAUGUUACCUUGAGACAGUGAAGUCUGAUAACAUUAGUGUUCAUUGACAAUGCUGAAUAUUCUGGAGAGCAAAAAGAAAAGCAACUUUUGGCUAUUUUUGUUCUCAUUCUAUGAGAAGAUAUUUCUUUCACUUUGAUUAAAACUUUUGGUAAGGUGAAAGUUAAAACUAACCUUUGACUUUUCCUUUCUCAAUAAAUAAUUGAAGUAAAUACUGCUCUCCCUAGAAUUUUUAAUGGUGUAAUAACAACAGGCACAUCAUCACAUGCCCUCAGCUCUCUAUAUCCUCUGAAGCCACACAGUCAUUAAUGCAUCUGUUGCAUCUAAAAAUGGGGACACCAUAGAACAAGGUCAUUAAAAAGUGUGAGGAGAUGAGUGGUUUGCUGCUGUUGUUUUUAGAACAAGUUUAAUAAGCUAUGGUGGCUGUCCUUAUCAAACUGUCACUACCAAGUUUCUUGAUAAGAUCUGACGUGUGAGGUACAUAAACCUUUUGUGCUGUGUCAGUGUGGCCUGUAUGGAAAAAAGGUUAGAUAAAUGCAGAAUAUUACCCAAACACGUUGUUUAAUCUUGGUGAUAACAAGAAAAAAAACGGAGGUGUGAAGUGAGUUACCAUUGAGGGUUCUAUCAGUACAAGCAAUUUGUAUGUAUGGGGUGUAGAGAAGUUAAGAGGGGUUACAUUCUUCAACACUGUCAUUCACAAAACAAGAGCAGAUCUGCUUUCUCUAUGGUUGUGACUCUUCCAGUAACUGAACAGUUUAUCAGGAGGCACCAUUUCUGCUUACUAGAAAGCAGGAGGUUUUCCUGUCCCAGGUGUAUUUUAUCUCCUUUCUUCAUUUAGCUUUUAAUGAAGAGAAGUGAGACAGGAACCAUAUUGUAGAAGAAAUCCUUUCUAGGAAGGACUUGAAAUUUGAAUUGUAAGAGAAGUAGUAAAAACACCAGGUUUUACUAGGAUUGGUGUUAAAAGUCUUAAUGUUUGUAGAAAGAGUCCCAAACUGCCCCACUCACCAAAGCUAUAGGUGACCGACUACCUUUGUCACAGGUGCCAAGAGUUUGACUAAUCCCUGUGGAGAGGUAUGGUAAACCACCCUUUAAAAACAGGAAAGAAAGAAGAAAGAAAAUAAGAGAAAGAACAGCCCUGCUUUGCCUGGUCUAUAGCAUUUGCCAGCUGGUAUUAAGUACCCUCACCAUUGCUGAUCUCAAGCAAUCAAAGGUGGCCCCAGUAUACAGCUUGUUCUUUUCCCCUGUUAGUUUUCACUUCUGGCUAAAAGCUUUGUGUUAGUCAGCUUUUCAUCACUAUGACCAAAACACCCUGCAAGAACAAAUCAAAGGAGGGAAAGUUAUUUUGGUUCAUGGUUCCAGAGGUUUAGUCCAUGCUCAGCUGAGUCUGUUCCUUGCUCUGGGCCCAAAAUGAGGCAGCAUGUCAUGGUGAAAAAACAUGAUGGAGGAGUGCUGCUCCAUUCACGGCAGCCAGGAAGAAGAGAGAGAGGCAGAAAGGGGCAACAAGGAAGAGGAGCCUUUCCAGGGCAGAAACCCACCUUCUUCCAGCCAUGCUGCCCCUGCCUAUAGUUACCACCCAGUUAGUUCAUUCAAACUAGGAUGGACUGAUUAUAUUACAACCCUUACAAUCCAAUCAUUUCAUCUCCAAAUAUUCCUGCAUUAACACAGGAGCUUUGAGAACGACUCACAGCCAAACCAUGACAAGCUUUCUGUAGUAACUCUUGGCAUCAGCACUAAAGAUCUCAUACAAAGACCUUAACCCUUUACCAGGAUUACUGUCUUCAUGCAUAUUUCUACUUUAUGAGAUUACAUAAUAAUUUGGUCAAGUUCUGAGUUCUAGCAAUAUCUACACUCUAUGUUUUUAUGACUAGUUUGUAGCUAUAGAUUCUCUGUUGAUGAAAUCUUCCAAAACGACUUGCCUUACAUUUAUUUUCCCCCUGCUUGUCUUCCACCCUCCUCCCAUCACCGACCCCAGUUAUUCAUAAGUCCAAUUCAAAAAGCAACCAAUUCUUAGAAAAAAAGGGAGGAAGGAUGUAAUGAUACUCCUUUGAAUUAAUCUCUGUAAGUGCUAAUGUACAAAUUCAUCAUUUAACUUUAAAAAAUGGUAUUUUGAGCUAAGGGGUAGGAAAUCCUACCUGGAAAGAAUAGCUUUUAAAUGAAAUGCAGACAGGAGUCUGGUCUCUGUCUUCCACAUCUGCUGAGAAUUAUUCCCUUAAGAUUAGAUCACGGUAUUAAUUCAUGUUACUUGAUCAGCAAAAACAUCUUCUGGGGGCUUUCUACAGCACCAGUAAAAAAGAAGGUGUCUUGGUCUUUUAGGAAAUGAUUAUUUUCUCAUCUUCAUGAGGCCAAAAGUGAUGGUCAUUACUAAAGUUCUAACACUUUUUAAAUACUCAGAAUAAUUUUGAAAGCAGGAAACUCUUAAGUAACUUUACCAUUUAUUUUCUGACUUUAAGCUAGUUGGAGAUUUAUUAUGAUAAUCAAAUACUCUAAGAACAAUAUGUUUGAAAUGUAGGGUACCACAUUUAGAAAAUGAAUGAUUCCUUUAAAAUACAUGGUAUAUGGUUAGAUCUCAACACUUAUAAAGUCAUCUUGAAAUUUGUGGGGUUUCUUUUUCGUGUGAUAUGUACACAUUAUUCUUUAAUUUUUAAUCUUUGGGGAAAUACUUAGGAUAAGAAAAAUGUGACCAUUUUCUCUCUAUUGUAAAAUCUUGUAAUAAUAAUAACUGAUGUAAAUAAACUGAUUAAGAAUAGAUACUAUCUCCCAAGCAAAGAAUUCAACAACUGA